AUGGGAUACGCUUUAAACCAACCAACAUUUCAUUACUAUCGAUCAGAGAUUGACAUGGCAAAUGCAGAUGCUUUAAGGUGGAUUGACAAUAUUCCAGCCGAAAAAUGGACAAGGACAUUUGACGGGGGUCGACGUUGGGGUCACAUCACUACCAACCUUGUCGAGUCAAUGAAUUCUGUCUUUAAGGGCACACGUAAUUUGCCCAUUACAACAUUGGUAAGAGCAACAUAUUAUAGACUGGGAUCUUUAUUUGCUGAAAGGGGUGGAAAGUGGAGUGUUGUGUUGAAUUCUGGCCAAACAUUUACAAAUAACUGCCUCAAGGUUAUGAAAGAAGAAACAACAAAAUCUAGCACACAUCAAGUCAGAAUUUUUAACUACGCUAACAAUGUUUUCAGUGUGAAGGAGACAAUGUACCAUGGUGAGGGAAAGCCUAUGGGACAUUAUAAGGUCGACCUCUUGAACGGGUGGUGUGACUGCGGAAAGUUUCAAGCAAGUUUCAAGCAUAUCGUGUCCCUUGUUCACAUGUUAUCGCUGCAUGUUUGA